AUGAAGCUGCUCUUUCGAGUCGCGCAUAUUCUGCUGGUACUCGUCCUCUCGUCUCUGCUGAUAUACAGCGUCUAUUACGCGUUCGCGCUUCUAGCGGAAGACCAGCAGCACAGCUCGCCGCAGUCAGUGCAAGCCGAUUCCGAAUUGGACACCGACUACGUAUCUCGCAAGCCAUCACCACAAGAAAUAGCUGCAUCGAUGAACACAUUGUGGGACUACCUGGACGACUGGGAUGAAGAGCAUUGCAAGAAUGUCUGCGAGGCUUCGUGGGUUGCAUGCCGACUGAGGAAUUGCUAUCACCUACCGGAUGUCAGGAAGCAAGAGCUGUGA